GAAGUCUAUCAAAGGCUCGGGGCUUCGAGUUGGUUGGAGUUUGCCCUGUCGGAAGGGUACUUAAGAUGAUCCCAACUCCAUUGAUUCCUCCUCCCCAAAAUCCCAACAUCGUUCCCUUACCACCUCAUUAUUCCAUGCUUAAAGAAUCGGUUGACCACUUCCUAACUAAAUACAGGAACGGCGUCACUGAUUUCUGUGAUUUCAGCUCCAUAUUUUCUCGAAUGCUGCAGAGCAUGGCUGACCCGCCUUUGGGAGUCGUCUGGUUUUAUUCGGCCCUUGGGUUUCAUACGACCAAACUGGCAGUUCAGAUAGAAUCUUCGGGAAGAGCAGCAGUAGCCAAGGAUUUAUUUCAGCUGUUAGUCUCUUGUUCGGAUUAUUGUGGUUCGAUGAAAAGGAUUGCUAUUCUAGCUCCUUUUGUUUUUGAGUUGCACCGUUUGGUGGUCGAGGAGACCGACUUGAAGAGCGAGGUCCAGAGCUUAUUGGAAGGACUAAUUAGUUAUUGCAGCAUUUUCUGUGGCCAGGGGCUUCAAGAAGACAGCGAUGGGAUGACCAGUUUGGACCCAAGCUUCUUGGUUGUGAUUCCCGUGUGGAUAGUGGAUCAAUCUGGGGUUUGGAAUCACUCGAAAGAAUUUUUCCCCAUUAUCAGCGACCAACUUCGCGAGGGAAUUAAAUCGGGAUGUGAUAUUGGGUUCUUAGCUGGAAUCGUGAUGUGUGAAGCUCUCUUGUUGAAUUUGUGCCUGGAGUUCGAAUCAGGGAUUGCCAAAGCAGAGCAGGAGAAGAAGUUGCACGGUGUAGCAGUUCAGAACAUUACUGGGUUUCGUAAUUUUUAUUUUCUAGAUAUCCUUUCCAGGAUGAUGUUGGAGCCGGUUUUGCCAGUGGUCAACAUACUGGGUCCUGAAAAUGAAGUUCUUCUUAAAGAAGUCCUGUUCAAUGCUGUUAUGACGGUAGAGUACUCCUUCAUUAACCCUCAAGCAGGAAUUUCACUGUGUCCCAAAAGCUUGAAAGAUUUUGCUUUAACGUGGUUAUUGUCACUGACUUCGCAAUCCAGUCUGCUAGAGUGGCUUCUAGCCGUUGAGGAUCAAGGACUGAGCAUCUUCGAUGGUGAUACUGCCAAGCUACGUGCAAAACCCAAGUAUUUCACAUCAAGAACUGAGUACGGUCCCCCAAUCAUAAAAAAUUCCUAUUACAAUGUGGGUAAGAAUCUCUUUCUACAUUCUCGUCACGGAGGGACAGAGGAAGAUAAACCGGACACCUGUGAUAUAGACAUGGAUGAUCCUAUGGACGCCAUGGUUUUGUCUGCGGACGAUAGAAUGAGCAAUAGCGACACUGACGGAACAAGAAAACGCAAAGAAUGUAUUGCGGAUGAGACUAAAGCAAAGGUAAAGUUUAUGAGGUGCCAGUUUCAGGAGAAUUCAAUGAGGGAAAACUCAAUUGUAUUCCGGCAGCAGUGA